AUGGCGCGGUGCCUCGCGCUCGUCGCCCUCCUCCUCCUCGGCCUCGCCGUCGCCGCCUCCGCGGCCGACGCGCCCUUCGUCGUCGCGCACAAGAAGGUUUCGCUCUCCCGCCCCAAGCCGGGCGUCGAGCGCGUCGCCGUCUCCCUCGACCUCUACAACCAGGGAUUCGCGACUGCCUAUGAUGUGUCCAUUAAUGACGACUCUUGGCCAACAGAAGUGUUUGAGCUUGUCACUGGAGAGAAAUCGAAGACUUUGGAAAGGCUUGACCCUGGUGCCACUGCAUCACACACAUAUGUCCUGGAGACCAAAACACAGGGCAGGUUCCAGGGUUCACCAGCUAUUAUUACAUACCGUGUUCCCACAAAGACAGCUCUUCAGGAGGCCUACUCAACUCCCAUCUUCCCGCUGGAUAUUCUCGCUGAGAGACCUCCAGAGAAGAAGUUUGAAUGGGCUAAGAGGCUUGUGGCGAAAUAUGGGUCACUUGUGUCUGUUGUCUCGUUUGUUGGACUGUUUAUCUACCUCGUUGCGACCCCGUCGAAGAGCAGCUCAAAAGCAAGCAAGAAGAGACGCUGA